AUGACGCAGGUAUUCGAUUUGAAUUAACUCGAAAAAAAAAGCAUAAACUAACCGGAAGUUCUGAAAAACCGAAUUAUUAUUUUUUUCAGUACGUUUUCGAAAUGGGAAUGACGUGCGGAGGUUGUGCGAAUGCCGCAAGGCGUGUACUUGGAAAAUUAGGAGGUUCUCAUUAUGAAGCUUUUGUUUUCAGUUUUUUACUAAUUUCAGAAGACAAGGUAAAAAUCAAUGAGAUUGACCCCGAAACAAAAAAAAUUGUUGUCACCUCAGACUUGCCUGCUAGCGAGGUUGGAUUCUUUUUUUCUUAAAAAUUAAGGGAAAACGAAAUUUUUGAUUUUGAGAAAACUAGUUAAAAUAUGUGGGGAAGAAAAUUUCCAGAUUCUGGAAGCUCUGAAGAAAACUGGCAAGGAGGUGAAGCAGAUACAAUAA